AUGGAGCUGGUUAAGGAAUAUUAUGAUGCUAAACCUGCUCUAAUUCCGAGACACUAUCGGUUUUAUUUGGCUGUUAGAGAACCAGGGAAGCCCGCAUCAGGAUUUUCGACGAAGUUACGACGACUGGCAGAGGCAUGUGAUUUUGGAUUAACCCUAAAUGAGAUGAGAGACCGUUUGGUACAAGGUUUUGGCAGCCAGUUAGAACAGGAGCUCAGGGCUGGAGAUGACCUUGGAGUGAGACAGGAAAGGUCUGUGGUCUACUUGUUUACCAGCAGCAUAGAUAAGACUAAGAUUAGGAGGCAGAACCACAAAGUCAAUACAAAUGUCUAUUUAUUUUCACCCUCCAGACGCAGUGUAGAUUCAGAUUGCAGUGAUGGUGAAGAAGACUUCUACUACCAAGAGAUUAAACUGAACACUGAUUCUGUGGCUGAGGGUUUGGGUAGCCUUUCUCCAGUGUCGCCAUCUGUGGCCUCACCACCCGUGCCCUGCAGCCUGGAUGCAGGACGAUCUGAUGCCAGGGUCACAAAAACUGAGGCCAAACCUGCCACUCCACUGAGUCGGUCGGCACCAACAUGCCUCUACCUCAUUCACACUGACCACGCUUAUCAGGCCACAGCACCUGUCAACAUUCCUGGGUCGAAGUUUACUCCUACCAGCAAUGGAUUCAGCAUCUCUUGGCAAUCUCCACCAGUUACUUUCACUGGCAUGCCUGUUUCACCGACCCACAGCCAUCCUGUGGAAAUUGGAGACCAGCGCCAGCAGACCCUUCCUUCACUUUCCUCUCCACCCAGACCUGUGGUUGGAGCAAGGAAAACUCGUGGGGAAGGAAAGAAGUGUCGGAAAGUGUACGGUAUGGAAAACCGAGAUAUGUGGUGUACUGCCUGCCGCUGGAAGAAAGCUUGCCAAAGGUUUAUUGAUUAGAGAAAAAUUAUGAAGGGCCUUUAAGAAGAUUCUUUGGGCAGCUAUUAUGUAAUAUUUUGAAGCACUUAACUUUUUCUAAAUAAAUUUGUAAGUGUAGCAACAACACUUAUAUUCAACAAGAUGCACUUAAAAGAAUCCUGUGUGGAACCAAGCAGCAAACAGAUGGUUCCAAUGUCAGUGAUAAAUAGUGUAUUACAAAGAAAUCUCUUUCUAAGAGCAGCUGGAACAGAAUGUUUAAGAAAUUCCAAAGCAAAUGUUUCUACGUUCAGUUUGAAACAUUAGCUGACAGGGAAUUGAAGUAUAUUGUGUUCCAAUUUUAAGCCUUAGUCUUGGAGGUUUCUCAGGAAACCUGAUACUUGUGACCAACGUGUCAACACAAGGAAUUCUGUAAUGAAACACUUGUGGUUUAUCUGUUUGGUGUGAUUUCAAUGUUCUUCUGAGCAGAAUAAGCUAUUUUUAAGCUUUUUACUAUCAUUUACUUCUAAACUACAGCACUAAGGGGAAUAUUGUGUUCUGUUGACAACAUUUCAAUCAUAUGUUAUUUUCAUGAACGUUGAGGGAGGUGGAAAGUGAGGGUCACAUGAAAAGAGAGUGAAAUUAUUCCUGUCCGAACCCAUGAUGAACUUCCAAGAAAGCAAAAUUGAUUGUUUUGCAACAUGAAGAAGACACGAUGGAGCACAAGCCAGGCUCAGCAAGAAUCUAUGUUUCUCAGAAAAACAAGAGUAACAAACAGCUAUGUCGCUUUGUGCUAGUGAGCUCUUUAGGGAUGUGCAUUAAGCUGGAUCUAUGAACGAAGACAGUGCAAUUGAACUGAUGCCAGUUUUGCUCAAUAUUAACUCUGGGGUACGUUAAGAACAGCAGUGUUUUUUGUUUAAUGCCCUUUUGACUGCAGUUCUGUACAACCUUAUUAAUUUACUCCAAUAAUGAAAAAGAUUGUUAAUCAGGAACACAUCCUCAGUGUUCUGAUGCUAGAAAUUCUGUGUUGCUCAACUAACAGACAUUACACUUAAAUGUAAGGUCAAUGAAAUGGUUAUUGUUCACUGUUACCAGCCAGGCAGUAAAUGGUCAGAGUGGAUUGGCUACUAACUGUGGAGCACGUCUGAAAUCAAUGGAAUGAAAAUCGGGUAGAUUCUACAAUGCAUGGUAAACCAUUAGAUUACUACUAGGACAGCGCUGGUGAAAAUUAUCCUGAAAGUGUUAGCAAUUCCUUGAGAUACAAAGUUGGUCAGAGAAAUGAUGCCAUCCACUAUUAGUAAACUAAUUGUGUAGAAGUGUUCACAGCUUUUGUCAAGCCAAAUAAUGUGAUAAUUAGCUUAAAGAACAGCUAAAAGCAGACUCUGACUGAACUGAAUUUUGUACAAUCCACGUUUCAUUAUCUCCAGCUAAAUAAAGCUAUCAAUACAGUACAUUCUAGGCAGUUCAACUGGUUUCUUUGUAAACUGACGUAAUGCCAUGAGCAAAAUUUCCCAAGCUGAUCAUACGAGAUUAUGUGAAAGCAAAUCAUACCACAGAAGCAGCUAUUCUGACAAUUUUGAAACACUUGGACAUUGGGCAAAUAGCUUUAAAAUAACAGGAUGUGGAGGUGCCGGUAGUGUGUAUGUCUCCUAAAAGAUUAAAAUGUAUGCUUUAAAGUAAAAGCAUACAGGGAAAGCCUGUUUCGGAUUCAUUACUGACUAAUCGUUGAAACCAUCUCUGCAUUUAUUGUAGCAAAUUCAAAUUUGAAUGUGAACUUAAAAUGGUAUGGAAGACAGUAUUAACCUCGUAUUAAUUGGAUUGCAUUUAAAGUUUCUAAUCUGUGUAUGUCCAGAAAAGAUAGAAAGAAUAUCAACAAUGGUGAUUAUCUAACUGAGAUCCUGCAUAAGGGACAAUGGAGGCCAGGGAUUCUUUUCCAAAAAGAAAAAUAAAAUGGCUGCAUAAGGAAAUGUUAAAAAGAAAGUUGGGACCCAAAAAGAUUAUUUACCUUAUACCUAUCAUUGAGGCUCACUCUCGGGACUUUCAUUUAAUUGGUCUUGUCACCAGUCCAUUGCUCUUUAUUCCUGGCUGAAUCAGCUAUGUGUCUGUCAUGUGUUAAGUUGGUACAUUUAUUUCAUUUCGGCCAUAUUUGAAAACUGGCAGUAAUAGAAAAUAGUGAUAGACCACUUCACAUCCCUCUCAGCUUAAUGUGCUUGAAAUAAGGAAUGCAGAGGCAGAAGUGUACAUAAACAACACUCCAUUGUACCCAUGUUGCGGUCACCCACAAUAAUUCCAAAACAAAUUUCACCCCUUUUUGCCACUGAUUACUACUCAAAUGGACUCACUGUCCAAAAGUCAAUGUUUGCAACUAAUCUCUUUUUAGCUUAAAGAACUAUUGUGAUCAUACUUCAUGCAUUGUUGAAAAUAAACUGCAAAGGAAAUCCUUAGAAUGUGAUAGGACUAACCAAAAUCAGACCUAUUUUCCUUCUAUCUGUGAUAGUGCUUUCCAUCAUUUCUGCACACCUUCUAAGCAUGUGAGAUUUCAUUCUCAUGAAAUAUCUGAACUAUUGAUUUAAUCUAGAGAUCUUGUUAAACCUGUGUUAUUCACAUUUCAUUUCAUAUAUGACAUUGAAACUUUAGUAAUUGCUCCUUGUAUUAACAAGUCUGGAGUUAUUCUUUUGAUUUGUCGUACUGGCACUGAUUAAUUUACUAAUUUUUACACUUGCCUGUUUUCAAACUUUUCAUUUCUUUCAUAAAUAUUUUCUCUAUCCUGAUAUGUAUUUCUAUUAUUAAUUUUUCCCUCACUGAGAGUCUUCCACAUUCUCUCCUCUCCAUUUUAGUGUUUCACAACUGUGCUAACCAUACCCGACCAAGUUUUCCAUCCCUAAAUAUCUCUGAUUAACAGUGUAAAAGUAUUUCUGCAAACCUCAUUCCAGUUUUAAGUAAACUGCAUUCCUCACUCUUUACACAAUGUCUUCAAACAUAGGUUCUAUAUGUCCUCAGUUUUACAGUUUUGCUUAUCAGUACUGCAAGGACCAUAGGCAUUUGUAAUUUUUCUGCUUAUAGGCAUUGGUUGUAAUGGUUAUAUAUCCUGGCUAUUGUGGACACAGUAGAGAUUUUACAAAAUUGAAUAAGUUCUGAAAUUUUGGAAACUCCAAUUGAUAGAUAUACUUUCCUAUAUUGAUGAAUUGCUGACCUACAAAGUGACACUGUCUUGGAGGAACACAUAAUGUCGUCAGUUAGGUAGUGUUGACCGUGUAUUUCCCUGGAGCUACUGCCUCCAUUGUCCUAACUUCAUCCUAAAUCACAGAGAUCUACAGCACAGAAAAAUGCCCUUCAGCUCAUUGCGUUUGUGCCAGUCAAAAACAAAAACCACCUAACUAUUCCAAUCCCAUUUUCCAGCAUUUGGCCCAGAGUCUGUGAUAGAAACCCCACUUAAAAACAUUCCCAAGAAAAUUCUCAGCUGAGUUACUUAGCGUGUGAUUUAUUCUCCUCAUUGAGAGAUGUCUUGAUAUGGAUAGGAUUUCUUUUUCAAUGUAUUUGAUUCCCUAAGCAGGAUAUUUUUAAAUGUUUUUUUGAAUCAUGAAAUUUAUAAACUUAAUUUGUAUAGUCCUGAAAAAAAGUUAGUCCUGACAAAAAUAGUUAUUUCAAACUUGAGACUUGACAUAGAAACAUUCAGAACAUGGAUUCUUGUUUUCGUAAGACCAUUUUUCAUUUACAAGGUACAAUGGUGUUGGCUGUGUUUUAUUUUGAAAAGUGGUUUGGUAUACAUACAGCUUCCAAUACCCAGCAGCCCUACUCAGCAGAGGACAAAUUAAAUGUGAAGUUGCUUUGGACCACACACUAUUAGUACGGCUCCUUGUCCUUUAACCACUAUGAUUUCCCAUCAACAUUAGUGCCCGUUUUUAAAAGAAAAAGUUUUGGAAUAAUAAAAAAGUACAAUUUGUUCAAGAAUUAUAUUUUGUAAAACAAAGUAUAGAAGUUAUAUAUUACAAAACAUGGAUUUCACAGAAUUUGGGGGCUAAGGCCCUUAAAUUGUUGAUUGUGCACUGUGGCGUUGUUUGUAAUUACAUGUUGGAAUCAUUACUUCCUAAAUAUGCAUGUUGUAGUCAAUUCUGGCAGCCUUGUUUGCACUGCUAAACCAAAUGUGACAAUAUUUCUGAAAGAUGCACUUAAGGACAUAAGAAAGUAGAUAGUACUGAAGUUCAUUAAACAUUCUAGAGUUUGGUGAACUUUUUUGGAAAAAGUAAUUGUCAGGAUGUUUGCACAUCCCUACAUUUUCUUUAUUUUAUAUAUAUUAUAUAUAUAUAAAUAAUGUGUGUGUGUCUGUGUAGUUAAAAUGCAUAUUGUGAAUGUAUUGUGAACAUGCCUCGUGUUUUCCUUUGUGGUUGUCCCAAGAGGCAUUUGUUUUCCUAUAUUACAGGAAUGCUCUCAUUCUGUGUUGAGCCAGUGGUGCUGCUGCAUUUUAUCAUGUCUAGUCACAUUGUGCUAUUUGUGCUGAAGUACAAGGUGCUACAUUCUCCAGGAUGUUAAAAUCAGCCAAAGCCAUUCUUUAUUUUUCUUGUCCAGCAGAUGUAUCAAUAAUUAUUUACUAGCCAAAAAGAAACAUUUUUAGACAAUAGCGCAUAGAAUUUAUGGCAUUGAAACAGACCAUUUGACUGAACAGGUCCAUGCCAAUGUUUAAACUGAACAUGAACAUCCUCCCAACUUACCUCUUAUCCUUCUAUUCCUUUAUCCCCCAUCUACAUAUUUGGCUUCCUGCUAAGUAUUUCUGUGCUAUUCGCCUCAGUUGCUCCAUCUUUAUGUGGAAGCAGAUUCCACAGUUAAUCUGCUAUUUGAGUAGAGACUUUAGUUUUUGGUGUUUUUUAUAGAAUAAAUAUUGACUCAUAAAUUUCUAAUUCCCCUACUGCAAGAUAGUUUAAGCUCUCUGGGGAAUGCAGUUGAUUGUUUAGUAGUAAAUUUGACUUGAGUUAUAGGUAUGUGUUCAGACUACCCAAUCAGAACUAGCCUUCUGUUAAUAAAUUUAUCUAAUUAUUUUUUAAUUCCAUUAUGUUCCAAAGGAUAUUUUAUGAUGCACAGUACUAUUCUGCUAAAGUUGCAAAAAUUCCUACAGUUUUAUAGAGAAUACAGAGCUAUGGAGGAAAUGGAAAUGUUAGUUUCCCAUAGGAGCUCAGGUCUCAUCACUUACGUAGAAUUACACGUUAACAGCUGAAAGAUUUAACCAUUUGCUUCUUUCUCUCAAAACUUAAACUGUUCCUUUCUAAUAUAUAUCUUGCUAUAAGCUAUAAUAUUAAGUGAAAAUAUAUAUUAAAUAGUUUGAAGGGGAAGCAGGUAACUAUGCCUCUGUUUUUGAUGUUUUCAAACUAAUUUAGGCUUGUUUCACUAAAUUACAAUCUUUUAAAAAUUGUGCAUUUGGAAUUUAGUAAAUGCUAAAAUAUUGAGUGUCUAUAGCACUACUUCUAAAAGUAAAUUGAAAGACAUCAAAAAGUCUCAUAUCGUCCGAAAUUUCCAGUAAUAUCUGAGCAAUUGUGUUAUUCUUAACCAAUUUUCAGAUGUUACGAGUGACUGCCCAUUAGUAAUGAAAAUUGUCUGUAUUCUCAAUGCCCUAAGAUCAAAUUUAUAAUAGUCCAAGACUACUGUCAUAAAGUGGACUUUAUGUUUUAUAUGAUGAAAAUAAUUUGCAUAUUUAUUAUAAGGAGUUAUUCUCCUUUCUGGCCAAAGUAAAAAUGAAUCCAAACAUUUUAAACCUAAUGCCAUCACAACAAUGUCAUUACGACAGUACUCACUUUUCCCUCUUUCCCACACGCCCAAGUAUCUCCUGCUUUCCCUAAAUAGUAUAAUUAUUCAGUGCGGUCAACUUCUCAUUCCUACAUUACAUCAAAUAGAAAUUUCUGGAAAAGCUCCACAGGUCUGGCAGCAUCUGUGGAAAGAAAUAAGAGUUAAUGUUUCGGUUCCAGUGACCCUUCCUCAGAACACAUUCUCAUUACCCGGUCUAAUUACCCUAAUAAUCCAUAAUAUAGCCUUACUAAUCAAUUCUAACACUUCACCAGCCCUAUUUUAGCCCUUCCUAUCCAGUUGCUGCUUUUCCCACCAUUAUACAUCACCAGAUCUCUUCCAUUGUGAUACCACCAGCUAUGCCAACGACUAAUAUAACAUUGCAAUGUUACCCAGUACAGGGUUUAUUCUCAUAUCACUGACCUCUUCCUACACUCUCAUACCACAACAUCUUAACAAAUAAUCUUUUGUUCAUCAUUUUUUCCUUUAAGAAAAGUAGAAAGAAUUUCACAUCAGUAACAUUUUAGACAGUAUUACACUUCCAACAUCAAAGUAAAGAACACUUAAAAAACUACCAUGUCCAACUUAGAUAUACUUUUAAAAUUUCAAACUGAAUGCUAAAGUUCACUGAAAAUUUUCUAUAUGUUCGCAUACAUCUGGGAUUAGAGUUUGCAUUUAUCAAAAUUUUAAAAUUAUUCAAAAGUAUUUCAAUUAAACCGACUUUUUAUUACAAAUUAAGUACUAUCCUUGUCUCUGCACUAUGAGUUGAUGUUUCAUCUUGAAAAGCAGCAAAUUAAUUCAAUAUGUAUGUGAGGUAGAGAUUUGCCAACUUUCCCCACUAAAGACUUACCUUGCAUCUGUUAGACAGGAUUUCUAACUGUCUGGCUGAGAAGUGACUUGAUGCAUGUUCUCUGAACAAAUAGCUAUUUACCAGCAUCAUCAGGUGAUUCCCUAGUGCUGAGGAACACAAACAGCAGUUACCACAGGCGGCACAGGCAACAGUUUUUAAACAAAAAGUGAACUAUGUAAAAUGUUAUAAACUUUUGUACAAGUGUUUUUCAAGUUCUUGGCUUUUGUUUUGUACCAAAGGACACUGUCUUUGCGAAAAUGUAGACUAACAUUACUUGUUAGAAAAUAAAUGGAAAAAAACCUCAGGAUUGCUGUUUUCACAGGUUUGUUAAAUGGCAGAGAAUGUUGGGCAGAAACUUUUUCAAGCCAUAACCAAUGUUCUUAUGUUUGGAAUAGAAAGACUUAUCUCAGGAGAACAGGCAUGGUAUCAUUUCUGUUAUUUUAAGAGGCAUAAGUGCACUACAACUACACAUUGCAAUUUUGCAGUGAAUUGAUUUAACAACAAUUUGAAAUUUUUAAGCACCUUCACAUUAAACUGCAUAAGAUAUUGGAAACAGAAAAUGGCACUUUGGCCCAACAAGGCUGCCGUCAUUUUCAUUAACUUCAUUUUGCCCCAUCUUUCCUUCUAAAGCAGCUCUUACUUUACCCACUAAGAUCUUUUUUUUUGGUGUUAACUGGUCCUAAAUUUCAUAGUUGGUUAUCCUUUGCAAAGUAGUUCAGUUGGAGUUUGGUAUUUACAUCUGCUUUUUAAAUUAUGUCCUUUUUUUUUCAAACUGUUCUGUCAAUUGAAGCAUCCUUUACGGCCAGUGUUAAGACCAAAGGUGUAACUGGAAUGUGCAGUUGUUGCAUGUGCAAAAAUUCCUCUUUUAAAAUGGUUGAUUGAAUGUAAAAUGCCAUAAGCUAUGCAUCUUGUAAUGUUGCCUGUGACACUGUAGUCUUGAUUACACAAAUGAUGAGUAAAACAUUCCUCUGUACAAAUCCGCCUGAUUGCCAAACACCCUCAUAACUACGUUAUCUGCUUAAGGUGUAAACUUUAUAUGGCUUUGAACAGUUCUCCUAAACUGUUGUGUUGACAUUUUUGGGGAUAAAAAAAUGGAUUAACAGUGUUAGUAUAAGGAGCAAUUUUAUAUAAAGUAUUGUGUUACUAUCGAACAAUCAGUGGUGCAUUUAACCUAAGGCUUGUAACUACAUACUCUUAUUCUCAAUAGAAAAUAACUGCAGCUUUCAUUUAUUUGGCAACACUUUCUGAGCUGGUAAUUAGCGGGUUCAAGAUACAUGUUUCCUUUGACUGAAAUAAUAGACAAAAAUGUAAUUUUACCUUUGUCAUUACCACAAAAUCACUGAGCAUAUUGAAAAGUGAUAGAUAUGAACAGCCCAAAUUCUUUUGAAGGUGUCUCAAUUCUGUAUUUACAGGGUGACAAUUUUCAGGGUCCCAAAGGCGGCAUGGUGUGGGCUGGACCUUAAGGUGGAGUCAAGAGGAAAGUCAAAAAUAUUAAUGUUGGGUCAGAAAGCCAACAUAUUUCCACCUCUUGGCGAUCUCCCAAUGGUGGCUUACCAUUUGCAGAAGCUAUGCACUCAACACCAUGGAUCAAAUUUGCAUAAUUAGGUUCAUAUUUGUAGGUUGACUGGGAACAGCAGACAUGUUCCCCACUGAGGAACAAGCCUGCCAGGCGGAGGUAGCUUGUUAGCAGCUGGCUUGGUGGCCCAGAGAGGUCCCCUUCCCAGUGAGAGCCGUAGCCAAAGAGGGUAACAGCUGUGGCAGCGGGCCAUGUUGUGGAGGGAUUUUGCUUCCAGCGAAAGUAAGUUGCUCUUUAGGGAGAGAGAAACUAAAGAUUGCAGGCCUUACUGUGUCAAUCAUGCUAUUCUUAUAGUUGUAGGCCCUCUAAUUGUGCCUGUAGCCUCAGGAACCUGCCAUAGGGACUAUAAUUGGCUGCCUCCAAGUGCCCAAUGCAUGGGUCAGGACCUGGAAAUGCCCUUGUUUUAAUGUGCACAGGAUUCUGCGCUCAGAAAGGAGGUAAUUCUCUCAAUAGACUUUCUGAACUUAGGAUCUGUAAGAACUUAGGAACGCAAAUGGACUGUUUAGCCCUGAAACCCGUUUCACUAUUCACUACCCCCUUUGCCCCAUCCCAUAAAAGCUUUGGUAACAAAAAGAAUCUCUAUUUCAGUCUUAAAAUUUACAAUUGAUCUAGCACCAAUUGCCAUUUGUCGGAGAGAUCUCCAAAUUUAUAUUUCCCUUUCCAUGUAGAAAUGAUUCCAACUUCCACUGUAAAUGUUCAGACUUGAAUCCUUGGAAUAUACCCUUGGCCCUAGACUCAUCAGCCAGAAGAAGUAUCAUAAAAUAGAGCCAUAGAAUCCCUACAGUGUGGAAGCAGGCCAUUCAAGUCCACACUGACCCUCCAAAGAGCAACUCACCCCCCUGCCCUGCCCCUGUAACUCUGCAUUUC